GGCGUGGAGGAGAGCCAGUGAACAGCAUUCCUGUUCAGGGCAGCUGAGCGCUCAGGAAGACAGGGGGAAACUUAAGCGCUAAUCCAGAUGCGGAUCAGCGGAACUCCUGGAUCCACAGGCAGACCUGACGGGGCUCAGCUCCUUCCUAUCCUUUCCCUCAGAGAUCGGGUAUCACCUCGUUCGGUAAAGGACAGAACAAAAAUACGCUCCACUUGUUGAGCACUUUGAAUCUACUCCGCCUGAAUUCGAACAGCCCAGUUCACGGACACCGCUGCUCUUCCCUCGUUUUUUCCCUGUUUCUCUGCAAGACUUUCCAGGUCAGAUGGUGUCGUGACAGAGAUGGCUCCCCUGGAUGUCCCACCUCCCUGCGUCAUGACAGUGCUGCUGGUGCUUCUGGCUUUGCCCCUCACCCUGCAUGCCUGCCCCAGGUCCUGCAGCUGCCCCACCCCCCGGGAGGUGCACUGCGCCUUCCGCCACCUCACCUCCGCCCCCCGCAACAUGCCGAAGGACACUGAGAAGGUUAACAUAGGCUAUAACAGUAUCCAGGCAGUGGGUGCCUCGGAUUUCACAGACCUCCGACGUCUGGAGAUGCUCAUGUUACACGGAAACGACAUAAUGACAGUUUCCCCCGGAGCCCUCUACAACCUGCGCUCCCUUCAGAUUCUCAAGCUAAGCUAUAACAAGCUGAAGACCAUCAAACCCAAGAUGUUUGAAGGUCUGUCUGGCCUGGUGCGACUCCACCUAGAUCACAACCUCAUAGAAUUCAUCGAACCGCUUUCCUUCAAUGGCCUGACAUCACUGAAGCUGCUGCAGCUCGAGGGCAACCUCCUGAGGGACCUGCAUCCGCACACCUUCGUCACCUUCUCCUUUCUGGGGACCUUCUGGAGUUCCAGCCUGCGGCACCUCCACCUGGCUGACAACCAGCUGGAAUACCUGCUACCGGAAACCCUGCAACACCUGGGAAAACUGGAGCUCCUCUCCCUGCACGGCAAUCCUUGGACAUGCGACUGCCAGCUCCGGUGGCUCAUAGAGUGGCACAACAAAAACAACGGAGUGAUUAAGUGCAAAAAGGAUCGAGAUUCUGGUGCGAGCGAAAACUGCAGCACGUGCUCCUCGCCGCAGAAUCUCAACAACAGCCAGCUUCUUCAGCUGUCCCCCGAGCGUCUGUCCUGUCAGAGACCCGCCGUCCAAUCUCCUCUGAAGCUGAGCGAGAGCCCCGGCUGGGAGGAGGCCGAGACCAAGCCUGACCAUCUGCGCAGCGAAGACCUGGAGUCCCCGCUGGGACACCUCACCUUCGUGCUCUCCGACAGCCACGGAAACAGGGCUCACGUCCUCUGCUCUGUGAAGCGCCCAGACGAGAUAACCUCCGUGGUCUGGCAGGCCCUGAAGGCGCCGGGACAGGUGUCGGUCAACGUGACUUUGAUGACCCAGCUGGAGUGUGAGAUUGACCGAGACGAGCUGCAAAGGCUCUGGAGACUGGUGGCCUAUUACUACGAGAGCCCCGCUAUCCUAGAGAGAGGACUGAGAAAAGGUUACAAUGACUCCACUGCAACUUUUCAGUAUGAGCAAUCAGCGAGUGAGGAUACGCCAUAUUUUACAGAGCUCAAGGGACAUUUAACGGCUGAACCAGAGUGGCUGCUGCAACCUAGGGUUACCCUUCAACUUAACAGGCGUAUGACCACAACUAAAAAACUUGUCCUGGAGUUUACUACUUUCAUCUCAGAACAAGUCAAUGUUUGGGGAGAUCAAGAAGAUAGCUCAUAUGCCUGGGCUAUCAUACAAAGAAGGGAUCCUGAAAGGAUACAAUUUGGUCUGGAGGAUUCUCAAGCCAGCCUGAAGUGUAAAGUAAAGAGCUUGGGGCAGCACUCUGUGGAAUGGAUGCUACCAAAUUUAUCCAUUCUGAAAGAAUCCACUGCAAGACUGGUUGUCUCUGAGGAAGGCACAUUAGUCAUAGACAACGCAAGUCAAUCUGACUCUGGGUUAUAUCAUUGCAUUGUACGGACUGAGAAUUACGUGGACGUUGUGUCCUUCAGGCUAAUAGUGAGGGAACUCCUGCUUAGUCCUGAUGCUAUAAAUGGCAAGCCAAUAUCUGUGGACAGUGGAACGUCACUCACCAUUCCCUGUUCUGUGUCAUCAGUCAAGCCCAGUGGGAUCAGCUGGUACCUACCGUCCUAUGAAAUCCUGCAGCCAGCACCACCAAAAGAGAGAGUCUAUGUAUCAACUAAUGGCUCUCUGGUUAUUGAAGAAGCUAUGAAGGAAGAUUCUGGGGAAUACAGCUGUUUAGCAGGAAAUAUCUAUGGAGUAGACAUGUUGUCCCACCUAAUUACAAUUGAAGGUAAUAAAGACACAGAACUACCAAGUGUUAGUGUAUUUAAUGAGGACUCAACCAGUGCAGACUCUCGUACAGGUAUAAAAUUAUCUGAGGAGAGCGAAGAAGAGGGAUCGGGAUAUCUGGAAAUAAAACAACCCAAUCCCGCACAGACACCACACAGCACAAGUGGGAGGCUUGAUGGAUCUCAAGGUCAUUUUAACCAGGGUCAUACAGGAAAGAGAGUUAAGGAAAGUGAUAGGAAAUCUAACAAGUCUGUUAAAGAGCUCGACCCUAACCGCUGGGCUCAGUUCCUGGAAAAAACCAAUGCUAAGAGCUCUACUGAUCCUUCACCACGACCAAUGAUGACCACAAUGAUGACAACAGAAGAAACUACAACUCCCACUCCCACUACCACCACUACUACCACUAUUACUCCACAUCUUUCUUCUCAUACUCCUCUUCCUGCCACUGGUACCACUUCUACAACAACUAGUGCUACCACUACCACUACUAUUACCAUGCCUAAUUUAAUAAAUACCCGUUCUUCAAUAAGCGCUAGUGAAGUAACUCCUGAUGAAUCUACAGAGAAACAAACCGAAUUGGAAUUUCCCAAAAAGGUAAAUGAUUUUGACCACCUAUUACCACCACCAACACCGUAUGUAACAGCAGUUCCAAAACAUCAAACAAUGCCAGUUCACAGUGAGGUUUUCCCUAUUCCCACACCGUACCAAUUAAAUCCUAAUCCUGUUACUGUUGGCUACACUGACAAUGUCCAUGUAACACUCCUGAGCACAGAAGUGACACGACAGGAGCCACCACCAGACAGACAUAUAGUGCAGGACAGAAAAGAGACCACCUCUAAUUCAAAUGGGACACAGAGAUGGAGGCCCCCACACAGACGCCGGAGACCCCCAUACCGCAGGAUUCGGCCAAUCAGUUCCUCCAAAAAUAUUCCUCCCCCGUCACCUGACAGAAUGCAGGUAACCAUCAGUCCAUUUUCAACAAAUUCAGAAAAACAUGAGUCAAUAAAAUCAAAGAAUGCUGACAGCUCUCAAAUGUUGGACAGUAAUAAAAACUCUCCUGGUAAUCCCAAACUAUCCAGUGGAUCUACAAAUGACAACUCAGGUACAGAAGAAAAAGUGACUGCUGCAAGCCCUCUAAAUCUUCCAAUAGAGGGGCCGGGGAUUAAACCAACAGAAAAGCAGAUGGCCACCAUAAAUCCAAUGGAAAACUCAUACAGGACACAGACACAUCAUGCCUCAAGCACAUAUUUUCCACUGUACCAUGACACAUUUAAGCUUUCUACAAAACCACCUGUUGCUAAACAAGAAACUACUGCACUGCUUUCAAACAACAGGCUGCAUGUCUCUCAACCACCCAGUCAGGAGAGGAAACAAUGGAAUGAAAACAAGGAGGAUUCCAUUGCAUCAGCAGACACAGAUGUACAGAAGUCACCAUGGAUACUGACAGCAAAAGACACUUCCCAUUAUCAAAAGAAAGCACAAAUUGUGCCCACUUUGGCCACCAGCACAUUGUCCCCUUCAUUAACCACUACAGUAACAGUGCUCUUGAAUAACCCUAUGCUCUCAAGGGGGGAGGACCAGCUGGUGAACGUUUCUCCAGCUGUUCCGAUUCAUAACCCAGCACAGACAUAUAUACAACCAAACAGGGAAACAGAGACAAAGUUGGGAACACCUGGGCCAAGCUCAAGGAAUCCUACUUACGUUCACAGACUGAGAGAUUCUUUACCAAAUCUGACAAACAGGCAGAAGGAGGACUCCUCAAAAACUAGAUCUGAGAACCCCAAUCCCCCAGUUGUCCCUGCACACCACCCAUGGGUCAUACAACAGCAUGCCCAGAAGAAGCUAAACACACCAAACACACAAACAACUUCCACUCACAGCUCCUCCUGGGUUAAUCGUAAUUUGUUCCCGGCAUGGCCAUCCAUUCACGGUUCGAGGCACUAUCCUUCCUCUCCCAGCAGAACCUGGCAUUUCCCCUACCCCAGGGAAAAAGAUGCCGGGGUCACCAACCGCCCAGAGAUUACCGCGCUGACUGCCAAACCAACGGCUUCCAUCCCGGAAUCAGCAUCUCCUGCACGAGGUGCCACCACUCCACAGACCUCACGACCUCCGCUCAACACUUUUCACAAUAGGACCAGGGAAUUUUCAUUCCUAUCCAGGCUUAGAAACAGGUAUAGACAGUCUCAGCUGGAUGCUUAUCGUCUUUCACAGUCAGGCAAGACUGUCACACCAAAGCCGAGGGUUGAUUCCCCUUUUCCAAAGUUCCAGAAACCUCCCACCAUACCAAAAGCCCACAGUCCUGUUACUCCCGCCUUCGUGCCAUGGGCCCCCAACAGGCCUCAAGCCACGCCCAGUGUUCUCCACGAUAGCCGACUGCAUUUCAGUCAUUGGGGGCCGAAGAAACCGAGCACUGCUCUGCCCUUCCCAGACCUGACGGGAGGUGGAGAGAGGCCAAGGAUCACCUCUGUUAAUACCGUCAGCAUGUCUGCUUUGGCGGAAACGGAUGUGUUUCUCCCCUGUGAGUCAUCAGGGGAGCCGGCGCCUGCGCUCUCCUGGACCAAAGUCUCAACAGGUGCCACUAUUCAGGCAAACACAAAGCAUGGACAAAGAUUUGAAGUUCUGAAAAAUGGGACCUUUGUGAUUAAGAAUGUUCAAUUGCAGGAUAGGGGCCAGUACCUCUGCACUGCACAAAAUAAAUUUGGGUCAGAUCGUAUGGUCAUUACGCUUGCGGUGCUGACUCAGCCUCCUAAAAUUGUGCCCCCAAACCCUACGGACAUCUCUGUGUAUUUGGGAAGGUCUCUCAAUCUGGACUGUUUAGCAGAGGGCAAGCCCAAGGCACAGAUUUCUUGGAUUCUUCCAGACAGAACAUUUGUUCAGGAGGCGGGGCUUCCCGACAGCAGAGCCAUGCUGCUGACCAAUGGCACGCUGAGGAUCCAAGCGGUCAACUUUUCCAGUAAAGGAAACUACAAGUGCAUUGCGAGCAAUGCGGCUGGUGCGGACACAGUGACGUACCACAUCCACGUUGCUGCUUUGCCACCCACCAUCAAAGAGGUGUCUUCGGAAACCAUCACGAUACACACAGGUAGAAGUAUCUACGUGCACUGCACAGUGAAAGGAGAACCUGCGCCCGUCCUGAAAUGGAACCUUCCCAGCGGAGCGCAAAUAAAACCCUCCCAGUUCCUCGGUUCUCGGUUCUUUAUCUUCCCAAACGGGACACUGUUUGUGAGAAGCCUCUCACUAACCGAUUCCGGAAAAUACGAAUGCUCGGCCACCAAUGCCGUGGGUACUGCAAGGAGAGGGGUUCAGCUGGACAUCAGGCAGGAGUCGUCCAGCCCCCCGCGGAGUGUGUCCCAGCAGCACAGAGUCACAGCCAUGUAUGGCUCCACUGUGUACUUGACCUGCCAGGAGUCAACAAGCACAAAGCGCGGCGCCCUCUGGAGGCUGCCUUCCAAAACGCUGUUGGAUCAUCGUUACAGCCCGGAUAGAUCUAUCACUGCGUUCCCUAAUGGCACUCUCAGGAUUCAGCAGCUGACAGGGAAAGAUGGAGGAACCUACGUCUGCAUGUUCCAGAGGCCAAACGGCGAGGACAUGGAGAUAUUUCAGGUGGAAGUCCUCAUGAAGCCGCCAAAGAUAGAGACCCUGGGCUCGGCUCAGAAGAGGGUCACGCACGGCGAGAACUUCCAGGUGGACUGCGUGGCAUCGGGUCUUCCAGACCCGGAGCUGUCCUGGAGCCUGCCGGACGGCACCAUGAUCAACAACGCCCUCCAGUCGGACGACAGCGGAGCCCGGUCACGCCGCUACGUGAUGUUUGAGAACGGCACGCUCCUGCUGCAGCAGAUGGGCAAGAAGGACGAGGGCGACUACACGUGCUACGCUAAGAACACCCUGGGAGAGGACGAAAUGAGGGUUAGCAUCAGAGUGGUGGCGGACUCUCCGCGGAUCCUGUUCAAGGACCAGUCGCCGCUCUGGGGUCGUCUUGAGGAGCCUGUGUACAUGAAGUGUGAGGCCAGAGGGGAUCCGCCGCCUACAAUCAUAUGGUUGUCACCGACCAAUGAGAUCAUUUCCUCUUCAUCUGCCAGGUAUCAACUCUUGGGGGACGGGACUCUGGUAAUCAGGAAGGUCAGUUUCGCUGACCGGGGAAAGUAUGCGUGCGUGGCCAGGAACUCAGCCGGGGACGACAUAAAAAACGUGAAGCUGGAAGUGGUGGCCAGAGAGCCUCAGAUAAACGGACAAAGGGGCAGAAACACCAAGAAGGUUCUGGCAGUGUCUUACCAGACAAUGCUACUGGACUGCCGAGCAGAGGGCAUGCCAGAACCACGCAUCACCUGGACCACGUCCUACGGCAUGUCGCUGCCCACGCCUUACCUGGGCGGAAGGUUUCAGGUGCACCAAAAUGGGAGCUUGGAGCUGCGAGGCCUGAGGAAGACCGACGAGGGUCAGUUUGUGUGCCUGGCAAAAAAUAACCUGGGAGAAGCAAGACUAGAUAUUCAGCUCGAAGUGGCAGCCCUCGCAGAGAAGCCUAGCUUUCUAGUGCCAAACAUUGAGGUUUUGCCCCUCAGAUUAGAUGGCACUGAGGUCACUCUGGAGUGCCAAGCCCGAGGCAAACCUUUGCCAGAGUUUGUGUGGGUGCUCCCAAACAGCACCGUGCUAACACCCGGCACUAAACUUCAACGCUUCCUUCACUACCCAAGCAACGGGACCUUGCGCAUAUCACAUCCGGUGACCGGUGAUAAAGGUGUCUAUCGCUGCCUGGCUAAAAACGUGGCGGGGCAAGCAGAGAAAAGGUACAUUCUAGAACCGGGGAGGAAGCCCCAGAUCCGUGGAACUUCAGGCCCCACAAAGGUUUCAUUUGGGCAGAGCCUAAACCUGCCCUGCACUGUCGAUGGCUGGCCACAAGCUACGAUAUCCUGGACCCUCCCCAGUGGCAUGGUCCUGGACAAGCCUGAGGUCAUUGGAAGAGUAACGUAUUUUCCAAAUGGCACGCUUCAGCUCAGAGAGACGGCCACAUUUGACAGAGGGACCUACACCUGCAAAGCCACAAACACAUUUGGUUCUUCGACGCUGUCAUACCCAGUCGCAGUGAUGGUGUACCCUCCACGCAUCACUAAUGCACCACCAUCCAUAACGAGGGUGAACAGGGGAUCUUCAGUAAAGCUGAGCUGUGUGGCAGCUGGUAUACCGAAGCCUGACAUCUCCUGGACUCUCCCUGGACGCACAACUCUUGUGCCCAGCAACCGUUUUGCAGCACAGGGCGGUGUUCACAUGACAGUUGAAGGCAGCCUGGUCAUACAAAAUCCGGUGCUCAUGAACUCAGGGAUUUAUAAAUGUAAUGCAAAAAGUGCCCUUGGAACAGACUUUAAAGCCACUUACCUUCAAGUACUAUGAGUAACCAGACUUUUAAUCAUAAACAAUACCAAAACAAUGUGUAAUUUAACCUUGCAAUUACAAUUCAGACAUCAACUUCAACAUCAAAUCACUGGAGUACAAUUCUGUACAGAAAUAACAAAAUUACAUCUAUGCAGUGCAUCAAGUAUGUAACCACAUACGCUUUGUGUGCACAUAGAUAUGUGAAAUGCACCAUUAAGGCAAAAAAAGUAUUAAAACUGAAUAGCAGAAUAGUUCAAUAUUUGAGCUAAAUAUGUAACAAUUAUUCAAACCCAAAUAGCAUCUCAAAAUGGACAGCUGACUAUGUUUUAUAGCAAGGACCUACCACAAAACUUUAUAUUUUCCUAUUUAUAAGAAUACAAGUUUGUAAAUAUUUAUGCUAUGCUAUUUACUGUAAAUGCAUUGUUGUAUUUGUGGUGUAUUGUAAGGCAAACUAUUUUUUCAAAAAUGUACUGUAAAUGUAAAAAUCAUUUCUGUGUGGUUUCUGUAUUCCUGCAACAUUAGAUAAAACUUCACCAAACAUACAAGCACCUGGAUAAAGCGUGCAUUCAGAUUAUAUUGUAUAGCCACAUCUCUCAAUCUGAGGCAUGGUUUCUGAUUUUCUGCAUUGUAAAGUAUUUGCAACAAACAAGCCGUUCAUGGUGAAACUCAAAGGGGGCUUUGUUGAGGCAGAUAAGUUAGGAUUGUUCCAACAGGCCUGUCAAAACAGACAUCCUCAUUCUAUGCUGCUACUCUGAAAACCUCCAAUUGCUGCUG